AUGAACCACACUCCUAGCCCCCACCUGUCCGAAGGCGGCAAGUCGGCCGGAGGUGGCCUGCUGUGCAGCCUGGGUCUGGGGUCCGACAGGGGGAUCCGCUCCCCGGACAGCCUCACCCACACCCCCAGCCCCACCGGAGGAACCCCAAGCUCUAGCCCCCCGCUGCUGCUGUCGCCCGGGCUGGGAGGCCUCGGGCUGGGAUCCCUAGGGGCGAUGGGCGACGGAGCCGGGGCUGACUGGGAGAGCAGGGAGGAGCUAAGGCUCAGGGAGCUGGAGGAGGCUCGGGCCAGAGCGGCCCAGAUGGAGAAGACUAUGAGGUGGUGGUCGGACUGCACCGCCAACUGGAGAGAGAAGUGGAGCAAGGUUCGUGCAGAGCGUAACCGUGCACGUGACGAAGUUCGUCAGCUGAGACAGCGACUGGAUACCCUCACCAAGGAGCUGACCAGUGUUCGGCGGGAACGGCAGGAACUGGCCUCAGAGAACGAGAUGCUACGGCAGGAGACACUGCGCCUCCGCGGUGACCACAUGGCCACCCCUACGUCUGCCACCUCUCCAUCUUCCUCCCCCGCACACCCUCGUGGGGCUUCCUCCUCCUCCUCUCCAUCCAUCCAUCCCUCCUCCCCUGCCUCAUUAUCCUCCUCUCAGGUCCACACUGAUGGCAAACUGGACAGGGUUGGGGAGGGCCCACCGGGGUCUCCGGAACCAGAACCAGUGAGGGACGUGGACUUGGACGGACAAAAGAUGGCUCAGCAAAAG